CGACAACACCAGACCGCGAAGCGCUCAAAAUGCUCAGCGAUGUGUCGCCUUUCUCGCACAACUUAACAGAACAGUUCUCGGCACCGAUCAAAGAGAGUCAGCUCUUAUAUUACCUGACCCGGCUCCGAGCUCGCUUCACAGGUGUACUAUUUUAUUUUCAUCACUCUAGAGAUGUCACUCUGAUUUAAUGGAUGUUUCUAAAUACUUGUUCAGCAUUCUAUAUGGACGGUGAUAACUUUUAACACGCCGAGGGAGUCAACUUAUCAGCAGGGUCCUGUGUUGAACUGAACUUGGAGUGUUGAUCAUCAAAUGUUGGAGACAUACUAGACUGCUAGACAUUCCUCUCAAAAGCUAUAGGACGAUGACCUACUCUUUCUUCUGUAAUUUGGAAGUGGGCCUCACGGAAAAUAGCUCGAGAGUGCCAGUAUAAUUAUAGAAAUCCAAUAGAACGGCUACGUCAACGACAUAUCGCGAGUGGGAAAACAUUUUCAGCAGCAUCAAUUUACAGCUUCAACGAUCAUCAGUUCUUUUCCAUUUCCACACUGAAAGACGUGACCAUCGGAAAGACGCGACCAUCGAGCAAAUGUUGCAUUUGUGGUAAGAACAACGAUGGACGUUCUUCAUGACACGCAUCAAUGAUAUCGUAUUCUGGCCAUAAUCUUAAGGACUCAUCUGUACAGCGUCCAUGAUGGAGACAACCCAAGCACCUAUAUACGUAACAGAGAUAAUCAGUGAGACGUCGAUAAGUGUGAUCAUCAAGGAGAUCGUUGACAAUCGAACCAAUCUGACAACAGAACAAUCAUGGGGAUCAGAAGAAGUCUUCUGGCCCCAGGUUUCAAUCAUGAUCAUCGUUUUAAUCUUUGGUAUUUUAGCCAAUCUGUCCAUCAUUUGGAUCGUGCUCAAGAACAAACGUUUACGAUCGACGCCUAAUAUCAUCGUAGUAAACCUGACGGUUGGUGAUCUCCUGUGCUUGUUGGUCAAUCUACCUUUCAUCAUUGACUUUCAUGUCCGGCACGAGCGGCAUUGGGUUUUCGGGCAAUUCAUGUGCAAGUUUGUCCACAGUAGUAUGGUGACCAGUGGAUGUAUCACCGUGUAUUCUCUGAUGGCUCUAGCGAUUGAGCGCUAUCUGGCCAUUGCCUGGCCUUGGCGUAACCGUGACAGUAGUCGAUGCGUCAGGCUGUCCCGAAGCUGUUUCUGCGGACCAACAUGGCAGAUUGUCUUCUUGAUAUGGCUCGGAGCAUUCGCCGUGGGGGCUCCGAUUUGGUUUACAGCUGAAGUCUUGGUCUAUGAAUUUCUCGACUACAGUGUCUGUAUGCCAUUGAACCUCGGAGAUACUUUCGCCCAGGGCUACGAGUUGUUUCGAUUAUUGAUAGCAUACAUUAUCCCGCUGACCGUCAUCAUCAUUGCCCAUACCCUCACAGCUCUUGCCCUCCUCAAAAGCGUCAGAGGCACCGUGACAGGUGCAACCGCACAGGUGUGUGCUAGUAACCGCUCAACGCCUCGUGUACGCUCUAGAGUCAAGCUCGCAAUUGUCAUCAGCAUACUUUCAGUGAUGUUCUUCAUCGCAUGGUUUCCGUUCUACGUAUACAGCAUGUGGGUAGAGUUUCAGUACACUCAGACAGUUUUUAAUGGAAGAGCCAUGACGCAAUUUGCCGCAUGGAAAGACCUUCCAAUAUACGUCCUCAGCUGUCUAAAUCCUAUCAUGCUAUACAUCCUGAGUACUCGUUUCCGAGAGCAACUUUUCCAGGAUUUGUUCUGCUGCUGCGCAAAGCAGAAUUUCGACUGGAAACCCGCAGAAACAUUCAGUUCUUUGAAGAGUUCUUUUUUGACGGCGAGUACCUUCCGAGGUCGUUCAACCGUAGGGAGGAGAUCAUCACCAAGCAGACAAGAUCGAAUGCUUGCUACAGCAAACGAACUUACUAAGUUCUAGAAGAACAGUUUCUCAUCAACGUGGGCAUGUUGGGACGUUGUAUUCUGUUUGCAUGGGUCAUACAAAAAUCAAAGGUCAUACAUAAGGAAGCAUUGAAGUGCGGAAAAAUAUCAUCAGACGGUCCAAACCUUUCAUACUGAUAAAAAGAAGAUGGAAAAACUAGCCCUCUUUUAUAUAUUGUGUCAAUAAUUCAAACAAUUUCAUAUUAACCUUCGACUCUCGAAAUCUUUUGGCCAAAAGUAUAUCCUUCUUUUUGUUACAGAUGCAAUGUACAGUGUAUAAACAUACAAUCGCCAUCAUCGUUCAUCCUUUUCAGCAGGAGAUUUUAUUUGUUAACUAUAAAUUGACCAAUCUAAGGAAUGUUAAACCAUGGUAGGAGGAAGGCUAGGAUGUCAUGGACUUGUUAGCUACUUCUAACACUUCACUCAUACUGACGAGACAGACAGUAGAUCGAAAACUGACCGCACAAAUUGACUUCCCCCCCCCCCUCCAAUGAAAAGAAAAUGACUGCCAAAAUCAAAUUUCACUUGGUCAGGAUGUGAUGCCCUUGAAACUUUUCCAAAUACUUGCCAACCAAUUCCCGACAAGCAAACGACGACUGUAGGAGAAGAAUCGUUCAAGAACAUUCAAAUGAUGUGAAAUAUAAUGGAUGUAACAGAUUUGUUUGGGAAUAAUACUGGACGUAGAGGGACGAUGUUUUCUACUAUGUCCUCGAUACAGAUUCCAAAAACAUUAUUUUCAAUACUGAGUAACAUAAUAUGGGUUUGUAAUGCAUUCAUUUAAGGCAACUUCAAUUACUUCAUAUUACAAUGUCUAUUUACUAGCAUCAAUGAUCAUCGUGUUUCUUAUAGUAUUUUUCAACUGUUUUUUAAAUUGAUGUUUGUUUGGAUAAAACUUGUACUUCAAACAAAUGACUUGUGAAAGAUGUAUGUGGCUGCGAUCUAACUACAUAUAAUAUCAGUUUGGGUGGAAAAUGAAACGGACCUAAACCGAAAUAUUUAUCAACAUAAUUCGUCGCUGUUUUCACGAAGUGACGGUAGUGAAAAAAAAUUGCAUUCACUUUGCGUGACGAUUUUCCUCACUACCGUCACUUCGUGAAAUCAAGGACGAAUAUUUCACUAAUUUACUUGAAUGUUAGUUAUAGCUCUUGAUGAUGGGUGAUUUGUUUUAAAAUAUGUAAAUAUUAAAUGGCGAUUGUCAUGAAAAUCAAAACUGUAUGAACAAGAAUAGAGUAGUAAUAAUUGCCUUCUUAUGUAAAUAUACUAUGUGCACCAUAAGCUCUUUAUUGAAGUGAUGUUCAUAUUGUAUAUAUGAUAGAUUAUUUAUAAAACAUAAUAUAUUAUUAUCGUUUAUCUUUUUCAUGGAUUAAGAAUCUAUAGUAUUGCAGUUUUGAUCGUGCUGAUAAAUCUUUAUUCGCUUUAUGAACCAUUGGGAAGCUAGUGAGUGAUUGUAUAUUUUGUCUGCGUUUAAUUCAUAUUCUGAGUCUUUAAUUGUACUACCAAGAGUGUGAUACUCUAUUCAGUUGUGUGGUCAGUAAACCCAAAAUACCUAAAA